AUGUCUGGUUCUUGCUGUGAUCAUGCAAUCGGUCGAUCUGGGUACUGUUGCCGGUGCGAUUCGGAAGUGGAUGACCAUGCUGUGAGAGAUUUCCAUUACCUUGAAAAGGGUUUACACCUGAGCCACGGAUUCGUAAAUUCCCUGAAGCGUCGAAGAUCGGGGAUGGGUUACGGAGCGAAGAAGCUUCACUUGGCUCUUGAUCUAAAUCACACACUCGUCCACUGCUCUAGGGUUUAUCGGCUUUCCCCCAAGGAGAGGUAUCUGAUUCGACAAGCGGAUUCAAGGGACGAUCUGUGUCGUUCCGGUGACUUGUUGAUAAAGUUACGUCCUUUUGCUCGGGAGUUCCUGCGCGAAGCCAAUGAGCUAUUCAUAAUGCAUAUCUGCACGGAUUCUGAACCCGAGCAUGCUGAAAUCAUCGUGAAGUUCCUCGAUCCACUGAAGAUCUACUUCGGACAACGUGUGAUCACUGGUAGAGACAUGUUUUGGUUGAUCGCUGUCCGCGUGUCUCGUUGA